AAAUGACAUCUACGUUGAUAUCUCUUUUUUGUAGUGGAUGUUGUAUCCGCUCCAUGCGUUUGUUGAGUAAUAAGUAACAUUCUUUGAAUUAUGGCGUUGUCUGCGGCUCGUCCGUUAAUUACUGUCUAUAAUGAAAAAUCCGAAAAAGUGGAUAAUUCUAGUAUUGCCUUACCGGCGGUAUUUAAAGCUCCGAUCAGGCCUGAUGUUGUGAAUUUUGUUCAUCAGCAAAUGUCGAUGAAUCACCGUCAACCUUAUAGCGUAAGCGACAAAGCCGGUCACCAAACCUCUGCCGAAUCAUGGGGAACUGGUCGUGCCGUCGCACGUAUUCCAAGAGUUCGUGGUGGAGGUACCCAUCGUUCUGGCCAGGGUGCUUUUGGCAAUAUGUGCCGAGGAGGUCGUAUGUUUGCUCCCACUAAACCAUGGCGUCGCUGGCACCGACGAAUUAACGUCAACCAAAGACGUUAUGCUCUUGCUUCAGCAGUGGCUGCUAGUGGAGUUCCUGCCCUAAUCAUGAGUAAAGGCCAUGUGGUUGAUCAAAUACCAGAGCUUCCUCUUGUAGUCACGGACAAGAUUCAAGAGUUGACAAAGACCAAACAAGCUGUCCAGUUUUUGCGCAGAAUUAAAGCUUGGGCUGAUAUUCAAAAGGUGUACAAGAGUCAAAGGUUCCGUGCUGGCAAGGGUAAAAUGCGUAACAGGAGGAGAAUUCAGCGCAGAGGACCAUUGAUUGUAUAUGAUCAAGAUCAAGGUUUGCGCAAGGCAUUCCGCAACAUUCCUGGCAUUGAUUUGGUCAGUGUUAGCAAAUUGAACCUGUUGAAGUUGGCUCCCGGCGGUCAUGUAGGUCGAUUUGUUAUUUGGACGGAAUCCGCCUUCCAAGCUUUGGAUAAAUUGUUCGGUACUUGGAAAAAACCAUCAGGCGAGAAGAAGGGUUACAAUUUGCCCCAAACUAAAAUGUCUAACACUGAUUUGUCUAGAUUGCUUAAAGCCGAUGAAAUCAAGGCCGUUUUGCGUCCUCCACAAAAGAAGGUUGUGCGUCGUGUGCGUCGCCUCAAUCCUCUUACUAAUACCAAGGCCUUGGUCCGUUUGAAUCCAUAUGCAGCCGUUUUAAAACGUCAAGCAGUGUUGUCGGCCAAGAAAAGGGCCUUAGCUAGAGAAGAGCUGCUAGCCAAGAAACGAGGGAUUCAGUUACCUGAAACGAGUCCCGUCGUCAAAUCAGCAAAGAUUCAGGCUCGUAGGAGGGCAGCAAUUUUGAAAGUUAAAAAAGCUAAGCCUUCAAAGCCCAAAGUGGCAAAGAAAGCUGCACCAACCAAAAAAUGAAAUGCUGUCUUGAAAGGUUUAACCACUGAAUAAAAUGGUAAA